AACACUUCACAGUACAAGGAAUACGCCGUGCGGACGGUGGCAACAAAUUUCUUCGUUUCAGGUCAUUUUUCUAGUGUUUGUGGGCCUCAAGCUCAGAAAAUGUGCUCAAAGUUGUAAAACGAAUGUGAUUCUGCGCUAGGAAGUAGUUUCUCCCUGUUAUAUAUUGAGUUACGUUUGAUUGAACAUCUUCUAAAGCACCAUGUCUAAGCAAGGCAAGAAAGAGCAACUGAAAAUUGCCGCCAGAACUGCGCGUCUUAACAAUCUGUUGGUGGGGCGCACAAAUGGUGGCGAUGGUAAAAAUGCAGGCGAUGAUAGCAACCUGGAAGUGGCCAUCAGCCGUGAAGGUUUGCUGGAUUCGUUAUUCGUGCUGUAUGACGAAUGCAGCAAGGAUGUUAUCAAGAAAAAGGACAAGAAUAUUGCAGAGUUCGUUAGCAAAUAUCGCCCCAUCAUCAAAGAAACCCGUUCCCUACGAGUAAACAUCGAAGAUUUCGAUGUAAAAUGUUUAAUUGGCAAAGGAUACUUUGGAGACGUGCAUUUGAUCUCGGAGCGUCAGACGGGUCAAGUAUACGCGAUGAAAAAGAUGCGCAAAGAUAUUGUAUCUUCGACACAGGUACGUGAAGAGCGUGACAUUAUGGCCAGUCGGCGCUCGGAAUGGAUCACUGGGCUUCAGUACGCCUUCCAGGAUUCAGACUACCUUUACUUAGUGAUGGAGUACCUUCCGGGGGGCGAUUUACUGUGUCUCAUGCGGCGCGUUGGUAUAUUCGACGAGGAGGUAGCUCAGUUCUAUUUGGCUGAAAUGACCGCGGCACUGCACGCGGUUCACGAAAUUGGAUAUGUGCAUCGUGACGUGAAGCCGGAAAAUAUUCUAAUUGAUAGAUUCGGCCACCUGAAGCUGGUGGACUUCGGAAACGCAACAGCGAUCAAUGAGGAUGGAAGUGUUACGAGUAUGACACCGGUGGGAACACCGGACUACAUUGCACCAGAGCUGCUGCAAACUCUUGCCACCGUAAGCCGUUCUACGAACCGGGCAAAACAUGAUGUGACGUGCGACUUCUGGUCGAUGGGAAUCAUUGGUUACGAGUUCGUUACGGAAGAAACGCCUUUUCAUGGCGAUAACGUGAACGAAACAUAUUCCAAAAUUCUAGCCCACGCUGAAGGCCGCUUCGCUAAGAAACUCUCCUAUCCUGCGCACGCCUCUAUUUCUGCCCACUAUCGCGACUUUCUUGAUCGGCUGGUAACGAGCGUGACUAACCGUAUGUCCCACGCAGAGAUAAUCCGGCACCCGUUCUUUUCCGAUUUGCAUUGGGACCGUCUGCGCUACAUGAUCCCGCCAAUCAUUCCAACUGUGAGCGCGGAUGAUGACACUUCCAACUUUGAGGAUGCAGACAAAGUGAGCGGCAAGCGCAAAUCGAUGGUCGGAGGUGGUCGAAUGCCUACGUACAACAUAGCACGGAUGAACGAUUUCUCAGGGCACGAUCUGCGCUACCUUGGCUAUGGGUAUGUGUUCGAGGAACCUGAUGUGGCCGGAAUGUACCGGGACACGGAUGAACAUAUGAAGGCGACUAGAUUGGCGGCUAAAUUGAAGGAACAGGAUCGUCGACUUAAGGAGCACAGUGGCGAAAUACACCGCCUGCAACGGGAGGUACUUGAACGAGAUCGUAAGAUCGCUACGAUGGGCGCGCACAGCAAGAUCCUUGACGAAACGAAGAAGGAACUGGAAAGUAUGAAGGAUUUGCUAAAAGAGAAAACGGCUGAACUGGCAGCAAUCCGCACAGACAACAAAACAUUACGCAACAGUCUCAAGAUCGAGAAAGAACAGCGCCAGAAGAAUGAUGCCCAGAUUGCUGACGUUGUAAAGCAGACGUACAAGAAGUGGGAAAAGGCAAAGCAAGCUUCGGACCAGGCCUAUGAACGGCAACUGGCUGAACGGAAAACAGAACUCGCCGCGGCAAACGAAAAGUUACGCGAGGUGGAGACAGAAUUGGUUGCCCGGCUCGAUGAAUGUCAGCAUCUGCACGCAUCAGUGGAAAACUAUAAGGAUCUGCUGAAGAAAUCGAAGGACAAGCUGAUGGCGGACAAGGAGAGUCUUGAUCGUAGCCAGCAAGAGCUAAUCGCAACAUACGACGCGAAGAUCGCCGAACUGCGUGGAAAGUGGAAGGUGGAGAAGGAAAGGCGUGCGGGAAUGGAAGCGGAAGUGCGCGAACUGCGUGACAAGCUACAGGAACAGGAAUCGAGCGUACAGUUUGUGGAGGAGACGAAGCAGAAGCUGGUCGACAAUAUCAAGCGUCGUAUGACGAUGCAGUUGGAGGAGAACAACAUGCUCCGGGAAGCGAAACAAUUUUCCGAUAAGAUGAGCGAAGAGAUGCAGCGGAAGUGCGACAAUCUAAGAAAUGAAAUCAGCAAGCUGCAAGAGCAAACGAUGAUGACAGCGACAGCAAACAGCAGCGUGAACAGUAGCCGUCGCAGUUCGCUCGUUUACGAGCAGGAGUUCCGCAGUGCAAACUCUAGCCUGCAGGAUGUGACGGCUAUCAUCGUGGAACGACCGAAUGUUGAGGCGCAGUUGCGAAAUGAUCUAAUCAAAGCAAGAGAAAACGAAAACGAGCAACGUAAACGCGCCGAAAAUCUUGAGGAGGUCGUAGGUCGAUUGGAAAAAGUUAUCGAUCAGCUGAAGACAAGUGGUGCUGGUUCUUCUGGUGCAGAAAGCUUGCUAGAAAAACAAAACGAACGCCUCGAGGACAAACUGUCCGCCAUCCGAGAGCAGGCAAUUCUAGACAAACAAUCGGCACGCACGGCUAACUUGUCGCUGUGGAAAUUGGAAAAGGAACUGGAGUCAUUGCGAGGUGAGAAAAGCAUCCUAACGCGCCGCAUGGAGCAAGCGGACGAACGUGUGACGCGCAUCCGUCACGAGAAGGAAGAACUCGAGUUCAAGAUGAAACAACAGCGCGAAACCAUCGCAAAUCGAGAUAAGCAGAUCGAGGACCUACGAUCGGAUCUGACCGGAUUGAAAGAUGAGUUGAAGAAGGAGCGUGAUCUAUGGAGCAGCUCGGAAAAGGAUCGACUGGCGGAGAAAACGGAGCUGAUCGAGUGUGUGGCGAAGAUCCAGUCUUUGGAAGAAAAGUUGAAGGACAGUCAGCAGAAGCACCAUCAGCUGAAUGAUCGCGUGCGAGUGCUGUCGUCAGAGAAUGGGCGAUUGGGACGAGAAUUGCACGAAACGCUUGAUGAGUUGGCGGAAGCGAAGGAAGCCAGCGAUGAUCUUGAGCAACGGUUGGCCAGUGUUACCAAGAACUUCAAUUUGCUGAAGGGAGCCUGCAACAUAACGGAGGCUCAGCUAAGUGAGAUGGAGAUUUUGCUCGAGAAAGAGUCGAAACGCAACAAGGAGUGCGCUGAGCAGAUGGAAGCUCUCCGGAAGCGCCUAACCGAGAAGGAUAACGAAGUGGAGCGAGUGCGCCAGGAGCUGUACGAAGAACGGUCUGGUAAAACACUGAGCGAGUCGCGGACGAAUCAUCUCCUAGCCGAGUACGAAGAGCUACGUAAGAAGUUUGAAGAACUGCAACAGCAGAUGGUUGACCAGCAGCGGGAACUGAUUGAAAAAACGAGCCAUUUGUUCGAAGUGCAGGAGCGUAUCGAGCUGCUCAAUCACGAUACCGAGAACCUGCAAAAAGUGGUAGCAAACUACGAGCAGAACCACUUCAUACUAAAAGAGGAGAACGCACGUAUUUUGACAGAUCUAUUCCUGGCCAAGGAACACAUCACGCGACAGCAAAACGAGAUUAAAGAACAUAAGAACCAUACCGAGCAGGUGAUGGCUGAACUGGACCAUGUGAAGCUGGUGCUCCAGGAGCAGAAAACGUUCUACACCGAGCGGGAUAUCAAGAGUGAAGCGACGCUGGCCCAGCACAAGAAACUAAUCGAUUACCUGCAGGCAAAAGUGGAGGAAUGCAAUGCGCACAUCAAGAAAAAGAAAACGCUUGCCGGGCUCAUCUUUGGUACGUCCUCAUCUACGGAACGCAAGGAGAAUGUUACGCCGAAUAUUGGAACGAUCGGUGGAGUCGGCAACAACAUAUCCGUUGAAUCAACCGCAAGCUAUCGAAAGCUGCAGGAGGAACUGCAAAAAGAGCGCACAAGAACGAAUCAAUUGAAGGAGCAACUUUUGCGCGCGAAGACGGACCUCAUCGCUUCCCAGGGCAGCAACAACAACAACACAUCGAUGUAUAAGAAGCAGCAGAAGGACGAUGAAAAUAUGCAGGUUGAAAAAACUCAUCGCGAAGAACGAGUGCCGGAUCGCUCAACAAAGGAUACACCUGUGGAGGAAACUCAGCGUCGUCAUUCGUCCAAAGAGGGCGAAUCUGCUAAUAAACGAUCAACUGGUGGUGCAAGUGCUCCCGGUAAGGCACACACGUUCGACAUGACUAUCGAAAGCACGUCGAGUGCGUCUAAAAACUCUGCGAUUCUGUGUGCCGCCUGUGAUCGGCUCAUCCUGGCCGGUCAUCCGUACUGGAAGUGUACCGAUUGCGGUCUGACCGUGCAUCGCAAGUGUCGCUCGUCGGUGUCGAGCAAGUGCGGCGACGGAGGAAAUGCUGUUGCUGUUGUUAGUCGGGAAAGUGUGAACGCAAACGAAUCAUUGGAUGACUUUGCGGAAGAACUUGGAACGGCAGAUGACGAGCAGGACGUAGAAGAAGGAGAAGAUGCGGAUACUGACGUUGAUUCACUCAACCGCCAUCACCGGCAGAGUGGACGAAAAAGUCCGGCAUUUUCAAUGACGAGCAGUGCUGAGGAGAAGGCGGAGGAAGAUCGCUACGUAGGGGAUCUGCUAUUUAAGACGAAGCGCUUAGAGCCACGUUUGUUUGUGAAUGACAUCUACGAGGUUAGCGAAAAGGCAGUUCUUUUGGGUUGCGACACAGGACUUUAUUCGUACCACCUGGAAACGGGUGAAGUGGUACACAUCCGGGGAAUUUCCAACGUUCGUUCCUUUGCCGUAUCGCACGUCAUCCCGAAAGCUAUUAUAAUCGGUUCGGAAGGAGAAUAUUUGUACCAGUGCGAUCUACGCCAUCUUCAGAGCCGUGCGCAUGCAUCGUCCUGUUUGCAACCGAAGCUGGAAUCAUUUGUGCUGGAUCUCUCGAUCGCGAACCGAACGCAUAGCGAACGCUGGCACAUUGUCCGAAUGAUGGAGAACAUUCCCACUGGUGGGUCGCUCUCGGAUGCGAUUGCAAUUGCGGCCACCUCUUCGCGCAUUGUAAUCUUGAAAUUUGACGUUCAAGCGGGUCGCUUCAAACCGGUGCGCGGUCUCGACACAGUUUUACCAGUUUCCUCGGUGCUGUUCACCAAGGACACGGCCAUCGUCGGAUCGGACAAAUUCUUCGAGAUUGACCUACGCACGUACGCGGCAGAAGAGUUCCUUGACAUGUCGGAUGCGUCUCUGCGGGAUAUUCGAAGCUGUGCGCCGCUCGCCGCGUUCCGCAUCAACAGCCAAGAAUUUCUUCUGUGCUACCGGGAGGUGGGCAUCUUUGUGGACGAUUCCGGCUGGCGUUCUCGCCCGGACAAUCUCAGUUGGUUGCAGGAUCCGGUCGAGUUUUACUACCGUGAAUCGUGUCUGUUCAUCGCCCAUGCCGACUGCGUACAGGUUAUGUACAUCAGCAAGUCCUACACAAAGGAUUUAGCCUGCCAGCAAUCGCAUGCGGAUGACGAGCGACGUGCGUUCAUCGGUUUGCGUGAGUCUCCCCGCCUAUUGGCACCGCUGCAAUACCCCAAAACGUCGCUGUACAUCGCAUGUGAGUGUCAGGGAGCGGAUAGGGAGCAGGAGAUCGUUUUGCUUGAUGGUAUGAAAGCGCUACGGACGGUCGGGUUCAGCAGAUCGCUCGAAACACUCUCCAGUCUAGCGACCGGUGUUGGUCAGAGUCAGGAUUCACUCGCAACGCUCGGCCAAGGUGUUUAGGAGAAAAGGGCUAAAUAUUAACUUAAUUUGCUUUGUAGAUGUUCAUUUUUCCAUAACUUUUAUUUCGAUUAUUGUCAUCAUUUUUUUCUCAAUUGACGUGUUACUUACCAAGUGAAAUAAAUUGUCACAUGAAAGAAUUUUCUUGAAACAUU